UUGGGCUGCGGGCAGCUCGCGCCGGCCGCGGGCGCCGGAGGUGGAGGAAGACGGGUGCCCCUCCGGCUUGAGGACAGACUCGCUUAGUCUUCAGUCAUUUAAGCUGAGUGCAUUGUGAUUUCCAAUAAUUGAGGCAGUGGUUCUAAAAGCUGUCUACAUUAAUGAAAAGAGCAAUGUGGCCAGCUUGACUAAGCCGCCAGCGUGUGCAGCGCGGGCAGGACGGCACCCGGGUCUCGACGGACUUGUGCAUGUUAGCUGUAUAGAUUUAUGUAAGGUUUUUUAAAACUCUGGUCUUUUAAAAUAGUCUUAACCACUUUUACUAUGGAGACAUGUGAGAGCCCCUCUCCUCUCCCGCGUGAGCCCGCAGGAGGAGUGGUGAUGGAGAACCAAGCUUGCCCCCUCCGAGCGCUGCCCCGUGGACAGUCUCCACCACCUCCCCUGCAAACGUCCAGUGAUGCAGAGGUAAUGGACGUUGGCUCUGGUGGUGAUGGACAGGCCGAACCCCGUGCUGAGGACCCGCUCAACUUCUACGGAGCUUCUCUUCUCUCCAAAGGAUCCUUCUCUAAGGCCCGCCUCCUCGUAGACCCGAACUGUAGUGGCCACAGCCCGCGCACCGCCCGGCACGCACCUGCGGUCCGGAAGUUCUCCCCUGACCUUAAGUUGCUUAAGGAUGUAAAGAUUAGCGUGAGCUUUACCGAGAGCUGCAGGAGUAAGGACAGGAAGGUGCUGUACACGGGAGCGGAGCGCGACGCGCGGGCAGAGUGCAGUCUGGCCCUUAGCCCUGUCAGUGGAGACGUGCAUGCUUGUCCCUUUGGCGGGAGUGUUGGUAACGGGGUAGGCGUAGGGGGUGAGAGUGCGGAUAAGAAGGAUGAGGAGAAUGAGCUGGAUCAGGAAAAGAGAGUGGAGUACGCAGUGCUGGAUGAGUUAGAAGAUUUUACUGACAAUUUGGAGCUAGAUGAAGAAGGAGCAGGCGGGCUCACGGCUAAAGCGAUCGUGCAGAGAGACAGAGUGGACGAAGAGGCCUUGAAGUUCUCCUACGAGGAUGAUUUUGACAACGAUGUUGACGCUCUGCUGGAAGAGGGCCUCUGUGCUCCCAAAAAGAGGCGGAUGGAGGAGAAAUACGGAGGAGACAGCGACCACCCAUCAGACGGAGAGACAAGUGUGCAGCCAAUGAUGACCAAGAUUAAAACAGUGCUCAAAAGUCGUGGCCGUCCACCUACGGAACCACUGCCGGACGGGUGGAUCAUGACGUUCCAUAACUCUGGAGUCCCCGUGUACCUGCACCGAGAGUCUCGGGUGGUCACCUGGUCCAGGCCAUACUUCUUGGGAACGGGAAGCAUACGGAAACAUGACCCUCCUCUGAGUAGCAUCCCCUGUCUGCAUUACAAGAAAAUGAAAGACAAUGAGGAAAGGGAGCAAAACAGCGAGCUUGCCCCCUGUGGGGAGGUAUCUCCUGCCAAGCCCCUGAGCCGAUCUGCAGAGCUGGAGCUCCCGCUGGAAGAGCCCGACUCCUUGGGGGCUGACUUGGGGCCCCCAGAUGAGAAGGAUCCACUGGCGGCCGAGGCUGCCCCCGGGGCCCUGGGGCAAGUGAAGGCCAAGGUGGAAGUGUGCAAAGAUGAAUCAGUUGACCUCGAGGAGUUUCGGAACUACCUGGAGAAGCGCUUUGACUUCGAGCAAGUCACCGUGAAGAAGUUCAGGACCUGGGCUGAGCGUCGGCAGUUCAACCGAGAAAUGAAGCGAAAACAGGCUGAGUCAGAGAGGCCCAUCCUGCCGGCCAAUCAGAAGCUCAUCACUCUGUCUGUGCAGGACGCGCCCACGAAGAAAGAGUUUGUCAUCAACCCCAAUGGGAAGUCGGAGGUCUGCAUCCUGCACGAGUACAUGCAGCGCGUCCUCAAGGUCCGCCCUGUGUACAACUUCUUUGAAUGUGAGAACCCAAGUGAGCCUUUUGGUGCCUCGGUGACCAUCGAUGGUGUGACCUAUGGAUCUGGAACGGCAAGCAGCAAAAAACUCGCGAAGAAUAAAGCUGCCCGGGCCACGCUGGAAAUCCUCAUCCCAGACUUUGUUAAACAGACCUCUGAGGAGAAGCCCAAAGACAGUGAGGAGCUGGAGUAUUUUAACCACAUCAGUAUCGAGGACUCGCGAGUCUACGAGCUGACCAGCAAGGCUGGACUGCUAUCUCCCUACCAGAUCCUCCAUGAGUGCCUUAAAAGAAACCAUGGGAUGGGGGACACCUCCAUCAAGUUUGAAGUGGUUCCUGGUAAAAACCAGAAGAGUGAAUAUGUCAUGGCGUGUGGCAAGCACACAGUGCGCGGCUGGUGCAAGAAUAAGCGAGUUGGGAAACAGUUAGCUUCUCAGAAGAUCCUUCAGCUGCUGCACCCACACGUCAAGAACUGGGGGUCCUUGCUGCGCAUGUAUGGCCGUGAAAGCAGCAAGAUGGUCAAACAGGAGACGUCGGACAAGAGUGUAAUCGAGCUGCAGCAGUUUGCCCGGAAGAACAAGCCCAACCUGCACAUCCUGAGCAAACUGCAGGAGGAGAUGCGGAGGCUGGCGGAGGAGAGGGAGGAGACGCGGAAGAAGCCCAAGAUGUCUAUCGUGGCAUCUGCGCAGCCUGGCGGCGAGCCCCUGUGCACUGUGGACGUGUGAUGGCUAGUGGUCCGGGCUCAGGGGCUGCCAGCUCCGCUGUGGGGGAGACCUGCCCUCA